AUGCCCCAGCCCCAGCAGCAAACGCCUCCUUCUCAGUUAGCUCUUGUUCUGGUGCAGGCGCAGCCUUCCAUAAACUAUCCUCCUUACGACGACAUGAUUUUUGCAAUUAGGGACUUGAACGAACCUGAUGGUUCAAGCAAGUCGAGGAUCUCGAGGCGUAUCAAGAGAUCGAACGCCGUUUUGCCUCCUAGUCACGCGGUUUUGGUGACUUACCAUCUCAAGACGUUGAGGAGGAGUGGCGUUCUCACCAUGGUUAACAACUUAUACAAGAUCGCUGCUGCUGCUCCUCCUCCUCGGCAAAGAGUGGCUGUUGCGGCAGACCUGGUCGCUCCCAGAUAUGAGGUUCCUCCGAUGAACUCCUCUCCGCUUGAUAUGCUAGGACAGUCAAGCCGUGAGCUACCCGAGUUGCCUGUAACAGAUCCGAACCAGGUGGUUACUGAGUCGGCAAACAGACGACCUGAUCGUCCAAGGAGGGACGGAUCUGUUCCGAUCUCUCCAACUGCGGGUGCAACUCUAGGUCUUCCAUAUCCGAGUACGUAUGCAAGCAUGCUACAAAGGGGGAGGCCACCGAGUCCUAGAGCUGCUGUGAGCGAGAGUAAGAGGCUAUGCAUAGGUGAAUCUAGCGGUGGAGUCGUCAUCGCUGCUCCAGCUGGUGGAGAAACUGUGGCCGUUGCGUCAAGGAUGUGGCGUGGACCUGGAUGUACACCUAACAUCGUUUGGAACAGGCCUAGAAAGAGUGCCACACCAAUGUCCAUCAGGGCAGCUACUGGGACAUCAGAGUCUGCCUAUGGAGAACUCAAGAGAAAGCUUGACUUUGCUUGCGAGAAAGCAAAAGAAAUCUUGGAUGUGUUGACAGCUGGUAUUGAGAGCAACGACUUUAUAGAAAUGUCGCAAGCUAGACAGGAGGUGGAAGGACUAAUACCAAUGUUGACUGUGGAGCCACAUGCCAUGAGACAAGUGCAGCCACAGGUCGUGGAAGAAGUGGAGGCACCACCCGUGGAACAGCCACAAGCCGUGGAAGAAGGGCCGUCAGAGGAGGCAGCAGCAAAGACUGAAGCUGGAACCCAAGGAGAUGAACAUGGACAAGAAGUUGUGGAAGGAGAACAAGAACAGCCUCAGCCUUAGCCUCAGACUGAAGCUGAGGCAA